AUGCAGCAACUGGAGGAGGAAGCUAAAUGUUCAGGCGGUGAGGAGUGGCUGAGGAGUUGCCUGGCAUUCGCCCCCUCUUUAGCAGUCUUUGAUGAAAUAGAAGAGGAGGAGCUGGAGGCUGGGUUUUGUCAGGAAGCCAUAGAGAACAGUAUAAGCAGGAUGGAGACUGGCCCGAGCAGCAUGGGGCUCCGGCCAGAGAUAGAGGAAGCUACAAGUGACCAGGAGGA